AUGACGGCCGAGGCCAGCAACCCGCCAUCUCCUCGUCAUGAUUCGUUUCCUGCAGAGUCAGGUCAUUCGACUCCAUCCUCCUCUUCCUCCUCUCUUGAGCCCUCUUCCCCUACGACACCACAGCAAGACACACAACUAGGCAAGAAGCAAUUGACCCAAGAAGCGAUCUACUGGAUCGAUCGCUUAGCUAAGGAGGGACAGCCCGAGGCCCAGUUCAUUCGUGGCACUUGGUAUGAAAGUGGUCUGUAUGGUUUUAAAAGGAACCCUGACAAGGCUAUAAGGUGGUACCAGUCAGCGUCCAAGGGCGAUUGGGGUCCGGCGCAAUAUAAAUUCGCAUGCUACUGCGAGGGGAAGAAGGACAACAACAAGGCUGUUAUGCACUACAAAAAGGCGGCCAUCCAUAACGACGCUAAUGCAAACCAACGUCUAGCGAUGGUAUAUCUACACGGAGAUCUGGGUCAGAGUAAGAACAUGAAGGCUGGACUGCAGUAUCUCAAGCGCGCUGCAUCGUUGGCUACCGAGUCUGCGCCCAAGGCACCCUAUAUCCUCGGCUUGAUCCUCUGCCGCGAAUACCAGCUCGCAAUUCCUGAUGAUAUUGCGUUCCCAGACGAUAGCGAGUCUCUAGAAUGGAUCCGCAAAUCGGCCCAAUUGGGAUACAGCGCUGCAAAUUACAAGCUGGGCUACUGUUACGAGUACGGCUGUCUAGGUUGCCCCGUGGACCCAUUCCUAUCGAUCCAGCAUUACGAACGCGCAGUACUCGCUGCUGAUGAGAGCAAUGGCGAGGCCGAGAUGGCCCUCAGUGGAUGGUAUCUCUCUGGCGCAGAGAACUACUUCCUGGCGGACGACCAAUUGGCGUUUCAGUACGCGUCCCUUGCGGCGGAGAAGAAGUUGCCGAAGGCACAAUACGCGAUGGGAUAUUACCAUGAGGUCGGAAUCUCGGUCCCCGUGGAUAUGGACAAAGCGAUGGAGUUUUAUCGCUUGGCGGCCGCGGAUGGCAACAAGGACGCGAUCACGCGAUUGGAGAAGCACGAGGAGCAGAAGGCGGCCGAUGACAUGAGCCAUAGAAGUAAUGUUCAAAGGAUGAAACAGGAUCGUAGGGCGAAGAACCAGAGCUGCAAUAUCAUGUAA